AUGGCGGAGGAAGAUAAAAAGUCUCUUGUCGAGACCAUGGACGUGACACCGCCUGAAGCGGCUCCUGCUGAAGGGACCUCGACCGUGAAUGCAGAAGCUGCUGCCCCAGAAACGGCAGACAAGGCACCCGCCAACAAGUCCCCGUCCACCAAGGUUCCCACUGCGACCAAGAGUGUCAUGCCAAACCCAUCCUUUCCUCCCCCAAAGACAGACAAGCCCCGUCCUCAUGUGUGCUUGGUCUGCCUGCGAUCCUUUGCUCGCCUAGAGCAUCUGAAAAGGCAUGAGCGAUCUCACACCAAAGAAAAACCGUUUGCGUGUCCCGAAUGUACCCGUUGCUUCGCCAGGCGUGACCUGCUGCUCCGACACCAGCAGAAACUCCAUUCUUCCACAACACCAUCGGCACGACCCCGGGCCGGGCGAAGGGAAAGUGUUGCAGGAGUCGCCGGUGGCCGUGUUCGCAAGAAUUCAACCGCGAGCAGCACGACAACAAUGAGACCGAGAGCGAACACGGUCAGUCAUGUGGACUCUGCCACUCGAAGACUGAGUGUGCUGUCCGAUUCCGUUGGUACUUUGGGGCGCCAGCCCACAAGCAACCAUAACCACCAUAACAGCAUGUCGGCCAUCCCGAAUUUUCAGGCGUAUCAAUACCGCAGUGCAACCGGUCAUCAGCAUGCCUUGCAUCUACCAAAGUUGGAGACCCUGGGACUGCCCUCCGACAUCCCAAGCGGCCUCCGCACGGCGCCCCCCUUCGGAGGAUUUGGUGCCGAAUUUGAAAAUGCUUUCGACUCCGACCAAGGAAACACCAUCAACCCUCACGCACUGCAUAUGUCCAACUUGCAAGGACUGGGUGUCGACUCGUCGCUUUCCCCUUUCCACCAGAUGUUCCCCGGUAUGACUCCUUCGCAAGCCAUGGCUGACGAGGAUGCGACUUUCGACUGGAUGACGUUGGGUUUCGAGAACCAGAUGUCUUUUGCUCAAGCCAAUGAGAACGCUAUCGAUGAUUCCUCGCCCUCGGCCAUGAGCACCAAUAGCCCGGCUGCUUUAAAUGACGUGAACAUGAACGGCGACCCAAACAUUGCAGCGAUGCAACACGCCUCGGUUACUGCAGCCAAUAUGUGGUCCACCAGCCUUGCGGCCCACGUGCCUUUGCUGAACAGUCCUAUGAGUAUCGAAAUGUUGUCCAACUUUAAUGAUGUCGUCAACGCUUCAAUGGGGACCGUCUCUCCAAAAUCCUUGCUGGGUCAAGCAACUGCUAUGGACAUCAGCCUUCCGACUCCGCCAGAUUUUGCCUCAAUGGACGCUUCUGCCAUGAACUCGACCCCUCAAUUAACGGGUUUCCAGCUCUCCCUCCCUGGAAAUGGGCCUGGCUCUACUACCUCUACCGCCUCUCUGGACAGCAGUCUUCGUCAGAGCUCGAUCACCACGAUGUCCUCAGAUUUGGUUAAUGAGCAUAUUCGGAAUGUGUUGAUUGCUGGCCUUUCUCAGAACACAGGCUUCGGACAACGCAAGUAUUCGCAACCAGCAAUCAGUUCGCCGCUCUCUCCAGGCUCCAAUAUACGCACGAAAGGGUUCAACGCCAACACCUUUCCGAGCACACCUGAAUUGCAGCGAUAUGUUUCUGCCUACAUCAAAUACUUCCAUCCCCACCUUCCAUUUCUACACGUCCCGACACUUAACUUUGAGUCGCCAGACUACACAACCCCGAUCCGGCUAGUGUCUGGCCAUUCUCAAUUUGGCCAGGCUUCUGUAGCUGGUGGAGGCAGUUGCUUAAUCCUAGCAAUUGCUGCCAUUGGAGCUCUAUACGAACAUGAGGUAUCUCAGUCUCGAGAACUCUUCGAGUGUGCCAAGCGCUUGAUCAGCAGCUAUCUGGAAGAAAGGCGCAAGGCCAACCUGACCAAAACCCAGUUUGGCCCUCGACACUCUGCUGAGCGAGAAGAUACGCCACUCUGGCUGGUUCAGGCUAUGCUGUUGAACGUGAUCUAUGGCCAUAAUUGUGGCGAUAAAACAGCAGCCGAGCUUGCAAGUAACCAUUGUGCAGCCCUAGUAAGCCUUGCUCGCGGCGCCGAGCUCGCAAAACCUUCCCAGGGCCACAGCGGAACAAGCGCCAGCGGUGCCAACGUCAACGUUCAGAUGGGUGGAAUGCCAAACAAUGGCUGGAGCUCGAUGAUCAGCGAGAUUGAUGACUCUGACUGGUUGGAGUGGAAGGUCAUGGAAGAACGCAAGCGGACUUUGUAUGCGGUCUUCAUCCUUUCGAGCAUGCUUGUGACCGCUUACAACCAUCCUCCCGCACUCACCAAUUCCGAGAUCCGUUUGAAUUUGCCCUGCGCGGAGGAACUCUGGGCUGCCGAAUCUGCGCAAACAUGGCGCCAACUAGGAGGAGCCAGUGCGGAAACGGGCGCGCUUACCUUUGCCGCAUCAUUGACACAUCUGCUCAUGUCCGCACACAGACAACGACGCCGGAACAGUAACGUAAAUGGAGUUGGGCCUACGAGCGAGCUCGAACUCACCCCAAGCACAUUCGGGUGCUUGAUCUUGAUCAACGCCCUCCACAACUACAUAUGGGAAACACGGCAACGGCACCUGGGACGGCAAUGGACUGCAAGCGAGACAGAGCAGAUGCACGCACACAUCGAACCGGCACUCACUGCCUGGGAAGCGGCGUGGGCGAGCAAUCCCAAGCAUAGCAUCGAACGGCCCAACCCAUUUGGCGACGGUCCCUUGUCCGCGGAUUGCGUGCCGCUACUCGACCUUGCUUACAUCCGGCUAUUUGUCAAUUUCGGCAGGUCCAAGGAGGCUUUCUGGCAACGGGACUACGAUGCUAUGGCAGAAGAGCUUGCAAAGGGUUCCGAGGCAGUUCCAGGCCAGGGACUGGCCAAAGGAGACCAAACCAACAACUCUCCAUCUCAAAAGCUCGAGAGCAAGAAUCAAGAGCAAAUGCCGACUCCUGUGGAAGAAGGCAUGAAAGUGGAACCAGGAGAGCACGAGCAGGAAGCCCGGAAAUCUCAAUCAUCUCGGCGCGAGCGACACCUUCGGAAGGCCGCCUUUUACGCCGCCGAUUCCUUGGCCAUGUCGGACAAACUCGGUCUGAGUUUUGCUGAGCAUACAUCUCGAGAGCUGCCAACGCAGUCAGCAAUGUGUGCAUUCGACUGCGCGCAAGUGCUAGCCGAGUGGAUCGCAACUGUCCAAGAACGAGUUGGCAAAUACCUCGGCGUCAUUGGCCGCGACGAGAUGAACUUAGUAGAAGUACCAGGCAUACUGCUCCUCGAGGAUGAAGACCGGACACUGAUUCAAAAGAUCGACGAGAUUCUAACGAGUGCUGAACGCAAGAUUGAAACCCAGGGCGGAUUUGAUCUCUCUGCGGCACGAGAAGGAGGCCACGGCAGCAGGAUCCUUACACUGACGGCGUACAUACUAGGAAGGGAUUGCGUGUGGCCUGUCUUCAAGCUCAUGGCGCGAUCUCUGGAGACCCAGGCCGGGCAUAUCAAGGAUCGAGCAUUAGCUUCAGCUUCAAACUCGUGA